UAAGAUAGCACAGAUGUAAUCCUACCGGGACAUAUUUCAAUCUAUCAUGUUUUUUUACUGACACAUUUGUAUAUGAUGUUAACUUAAUAAUUCAAGGUAUGGAAGAUAUGCCAAGAGAAAUGACUGCUGAGGAAAUUUGCUACUUACGAAUAGUUCAUUUACUUCUUCAAAUAGCAAAACCCGUUGUGAGGGAUAAAUUUAAUACUGAAUUCCACCCAACAAAAUUGAAGGCUGAACUCAAUCGUAACUAUAAGGUACUUGAUGAUUUGCGGAAGAAACGGGUCAUUUACAGACACCAAUGGGAACGGAUGUUUCCGAAUUCAGAGCCAGUUAGUUCAGAGAAAUUUGAUAUAACACUGAUGAUUUGCCUUUUAAGACACCUCGCCAAAAUUAAUAUUCAAGAUGGUUUCCCAUCUAGCGGUGAUAAGAGUGAAGCGACAGAUUUGUCCCGAAUCAAGAGGUACAGAAACAAAGUUUUGCAUUGUGAUGAAGGAACCCUCACUAAUCAAGAGUUUAAUCAGUAUUGGGAUGAUAUUAGUCAGGCUAUUGUUAGACUUGGUGGUUCAAAGUAUCAGGAGCAAUGUGACGAUUUAAAAAGGAAAGAAUUCGAUGCAAAAGACAAAGAUUUGUUAAAUGAACUUAAAUUUAGCAGUAGAUCAACGAUCCCAAAAGGUGUAGCAGUUAUUAAUGAAAAGCUAUUGGACGAAUGGUCAACAAAAGAAAAGAGUGUUGUGAGAACAAGAGCAAUACAAACACUUAUGACAUAUGUUGACAAAAACGCUGUGGUUACUAUCAUCGGUCCUCCAGGCUGUGGAAAAUCGACAUCGGCGCAUUAUGUAGCUUUCUAUCUGCACCAGUCAAAGAAGUACGAAGUUAUAUCUACUCAAAAUGCAAAAGAUAUAGUACAAUAUUAUAACCCCGAUAAUAAUCAAGUAUUUGUGUUUGAUGACAUUUGUGGGAAGUAUACCUCGAAUAAUCAGAAAAUCAUGGAAUGGCGCGAUUUGACAACCGACGUUAACCUGUUGUUGGAAAACAAACGUAUUAAAAUCAUAGGAACCUGUCGUAUCUAUAUUUUAAAGGAACGCGCACUCUCAAAAACCUGCAUUUUAUCUAAUACGUUUGUUGACUUCACAUCGGAAUAUUGUGCUCUAUCUGACGAAGAAAAAAUAAAUAUUGCUAGGGUUUUCUUAGAGAAGGAUGACAUUUUAAAAUUGCAGAAGUCUAAACAAUAUACAAAGUAUGAAUUUUUUCCACUUUUGUGCGACUUUUAUUCGAGACACAGAAAGAGAAAUAUUAAAGAUUUUUUUACUUCUCCUAUCGAAGCUAUAAGUACAGAGCUGUCGUAUUUGGACAAUGCUAUUGAUCUAACAAGCAUUGCAACAUUGUUUUUAUUUGUAGUUUAUAAUAACUGUAUACAUAGCAACAUCCUAAAUUCCAAGUUGGAAAUGAGACAAGUUCUUGACAACAUAGCUCCCUAUUUUCAAACGGCGUAUCCUCUAAAUCCAGUUCUUGUAAAACAGGUAUUGCAAAAUCAGAUUAGCUCUUUUACAAAGACUUCGAACGAUAUAUUCACGAUAAUUCAUGAUAAGAUUUUCGAUAUUCUAGUUCUAUAUUUCGGAAAACAUUAUCUUAAACUUUGUCUUGAAAUGAGCCAUUCUGAAGUCAUUCGAGAUCGUUUCAAGUUUGAAUCAAAUGAGGAUGAUAGCGCUACUGAACAAACAUCAUGUAUGAUUAUAGUUCCUUAUUUUUUAGAAGAAUCCUACUUUGAUAGACUUUGUCAAGAUAUAGCUAACGGAUUUGUAGAUGACGUGUUUAAUAACAUUAACUUGAUAAAUGUAAAUUUUCAAACGAGGCUGGUUCGAUACUUAGAAAAUAGAAAAGAAGUGACAGAAGAACUAUUGUUUUUAUCAGAUCAAGCAUCUUCACCUUUACUAUCAGUCGCACGUCAUGGUUUUUUUCCAAUUGUAGAAAUGCUGAUAAAAAUGGGGUUAAAUGUUAAUAUUUGUGACGAGAAAGACAGAACACCGCUGUUUUUAGCAUCAGAUGGUGGUCACAAAGAUAUUACUACUCUUUUAUUAAAAUAUAAUGCGGAUACCAAAAUUUGCGAUACAAAGGAACGAUCUCCUUUACACAUUGCGUCGGCAAGGGGUUUUACCGAAAUAGUUGCACUGUUUCUGAAAAAUGGUAUUAUGAGCAUAUCUACUUCAAACAUGAUUUCCCCCCUGUACAUAGCUACAAUAUUUGGCAAUAUCGAUAUUGUUCAAUUAUUUUUGGAAAAUGGGUUUGAUCCAAAUGUCCAAACAACUUUCAAACAAACCCCGAUUUAUGCAGCCUGUUAUUUCAAUUAUUUGAAUAUUGUGAAAUUAUUGUUACAUUUUAACUGUAAUACCAAUAUCUGUACUCAAAGCCUUAAAUCGCCUUUAUUUUGUGCAUGUUUAUACGGAUAUACAUCAGUUGUUAAAUUGCUGUUAGAUAAUGGAAGUGAUCCAAAUCUUUGUCAUAUCGGAGGGGACCGGGUCAGUGAAUAUGUUCCAUAUUUAAACGAACCUUUUGAAACCAUUUUAUUUUAUUACCAUACUACUCAAAAACCAUUGCCUGCUUUUGUAAAAAUCCUACAGAAAUAAAUUUAAAACUUCAUGUAGACAUUGAUCGUUUCUUCCGCAAAAGAUAUAAGUCUCCGCUCUUUAUUUCAUCGUACAUGGGAUACUUUGAUAUUGUAAAAUUGUUAUUGGAUCAUCACUGCAAUCCAAAUUUUGGUAAUAAUUUUGACGAAUCUCCUAUUUAUAUUGCUGCGAAACAUGGUCACACAGAAAUUGUUAAAUUAUUAUUGAAAUAUCAGGUAGAUCCUAACCUUUGUAAUAAAGAUUGUGUAUCACCUUUAUUAGAAGCAGCAUCUGGUUGUGCUCAAAUAAUUCAUAGUAUCUUCGAAAUAUAUGUUUACUUCUGAUAGUAACAUAGGCGAUCCAUUAUACAUUCAACUUCCACAGGCUCGAUUAAUAAUUGUUAAAUUAUUGUUACAACAUAAUGCUGAUCCAAAUUUAUGCGAUGCAUAUUGCGAAACGCCAUUGUUUGCAGCUUCAGAAAGGGGCUUUGUAGAUAUUGUUGAAGCAGUUUUAACAUAUAAUGCAGACCCAAACAUUUGUAAUUACCACUUUGAAUCUCCCUUAUUUAUAGCUUCAAAAAAUGGACAUUUAAAUAUUGUUAGAGUACUUUUAAAGUCUAAAGCAGAACCUGAUUGUUGUAAUAUAAAUAUAAUUUCACCAUUGUUUAUUGCUUCCAAAAUGAUACAAAGAUCAUUAGUUCAACAAUUUUGUCAACAUUAUUUAUCGGACGAAGACAUUGAACCAUAUCUCACAGAACAGUACAGAGAAAUAGUAAAGCUGCUUUUACAACAUAACGCUGAUCCACUGUGCCUACGAUCAGUAAAAUAGAAUGUUGUACAUGUAUUUUAACUGCAUAUAGCUGUAAUUCUACUAUUGUAAGAUUUUAUGUUUAUGAUAACUUUUUGUGACAUUUCAGAUUGAUUUUAAUGAUUUGGUCAAUUAUGCAAAUUUUCGUUUGUGACUCUAGUACUGUCAUUAAACCGUUCUCAAAUCAAACAAUUAAGUGCUGUCAUUUAUUUAACGUGUGGCAUAAGAAGAAACACAAAGAAACUUAUUUACCUUCAUGUUUACCAUUCCAACUUUUAGUCGUGAGUGAUGAAAGCUAUUUUAAAAACACGUGUCAUACGGACUGAAUGAGUACGCUUACUGUACCCCUCUUUUCAUAGGGAUAACGAAUUUUCAAUAAGAAUUUUAUUUGCAUAAAAGGAUCCUAUUUUGAAGUAAGAAAACAUGGUGAUGGCAUUACCAAACCAAAGGAUUGUUACCUGAUUGGAGUCCUGAAUAUUCCAAGUUUUAUAGUGUUUAGGUGAGAAGGUUAUUCAAAAAAAAAAAUGUCAUUCUAAUUUAGCAAACAAACUUCAACGGAAGAGCCGUUCAAAUAACACUUAUUUAUUUGUUUCAACUAACAUAACAUUUUGUUUAAUUAAAUUAACAUCAUAAAGAAGAAUAUUCCGUUGCCAAAUCACCCGUAUUGCUAAGGGGAAAUUUUUAAAGGUAGCAAUGAAUACUGAUUACUUUCUUUAAUGAAAAAAUAUGAAAUUAGAAUUGUAAUGUAUGUAGACAAAAUGUAUUUCAAUUGAUGAAAUUAUGUAUGCUUGUGUGUCAUGUUUACAUACUAGGUGUAUGUGUGCAUGUGUUACGUUUACAUAUUUAUAUGUCUGUAUGUUCAAUAAAAAAUAAAGGCAUUCUACAUUAAAUUUAA